GUGUUUUCACCGAGAAGAGCUGUUGCCCAAACUUCCACCGGGGCGCUGAGGAUGUUUGGAGGCUGGGUAACUGCGAAGACAAGGCUCCGAGGAAGCUUCGACUUGUGUCGAAUCGAACAAUCAGAGAACUGAGAGACAUGAGGCUGGUCCUCAUCUUGACAACGUUUUCGUUGCUGUGCUUGGCCUCCAAUGGCGCUAUAACUUCUCGAUUGCUUCAGCGCAAUUCUCAUAGCAGCAAUUUCUUGACCACCGACGAACUCUGGUUCAAUCAGACUGUCGAUCACUUCUCCCCUUUGGAUCACAGUAAGUUUCCGCAACGGUACUAUGAAUUCACUGACUACUUUCGACUUCCUGAUGGACCCAUUUUUUUAAAGAUAUGUGGAGAAGCUUCAUGCGAUGGGAUACCCAAUGAUUAUAUCAGUGUUUUGGCAAAGAAAUUUGGAGCAGCUGUGGUUUCUCUUGAGCAUCGCUACUAUGGAAAGAGUUCCCCCUUUCGGUCUCUGAGAACAGAAAAUCUGAAAUAUCUUUCAUCUAAGCAGGCACUUUUUGAUUUGGCCGUUUUCCGUCAAUAUUAUCAGGAAUCCUUGAACGUAAAAGUCAAUCGAUCAAAUGUUGAAAAUCCAUGGUUUGUUUUUGGUGUUUCGUAUGCUGGCGCUCUUAGUGCAUGGUUUCGUCUAAAGUUCCCACACUUAACAUGUGGAAGUCUUGCCAGUUCUGCAGUUGUCCUUGCUAUUUACAACUUUACUGAAUUUGACCGUCAGAUUGGAGAGUCAGCUGGUGCUGAAUGUAAAGCUGUAUUACAAGAAGUUAAUGGACUUGUUGAACAGAGGCUUGCAGUUGAUGGAAAUGCUGUGAAGUCAUUGUUUGGUGCUGCUAGUCUCAAGAUUGAUGCUGAUUUCCUGUAUCUUCUGGCAGAUGCUGCAGUUACAGCAUUUCAAUAUGGUAAUCCAGAUAUGCUAUGCUCCCCUCUCGUUCAAGCGAAAAAGGAUGGAGAGGAUCUGGUGAAUGCGUAUGCCACAUAUGUAAAAGAGUAUUAUCUUGGAACCUUUGGUGUCAGCAUUGAAACUUAUAAUCAGCAGCAUUUGAAAAGAACUAAUUCCGCUGGGGAUACAUCUGAUCGGUUGUGGUGGUUCCAAGUUUGCACUGAAGUUGCAUUCUUCCAGGUGGCACCCUCAGAUGAUAGCAUGCGCUCUUCAGAGAUUAAUACAAAGUACCAUUUAGACCUAUGCAGGAAUGUCUUUGGCAAUGGCAUCUAUCCUGAUGUUGAUGCAACAAAUAUAUACUAUGGAGGCACAAAAAUUGCUGGUUCAAAAAUAAUUUUUACGAAUGGCUCCCAGGACCCCUGGCGACAUGCAUCCAAACUGACCUCAACCCCGGACAUGCCUUCCUUCCUUAUUUCUUGUCAUAAUUGUGGCCAUGGAACUGAUCUGCGAGGAUGUCCCCAAUCUCCUUUAAGCCCUGAAGGUGAUGCCAAGAACUGUAGCUCUCCUGAUGCAGUUCACAAAGUUAGGCAACAGAUCAUAGAACACAUAGACCUGUGGCUGUCCCAGUGCCAGGCCACAGGUAGGAGUUAUAUGUGAUAGAUUUAUGGCAGAGGUACAUGUAUGUGACAGCUUUUUCUUUGACUAACCUUGAUCUCCUGUAUUACCUUCUCAACAGAUGUGUAAUUGCUCACUUAUGAAAGAUAAGUGCCGUAUCAAUCUUCUUAUGUAUGUAAGACCAGUAUGAACAGAAUAAUAUCUAUUAUUUAUCAAUAUCUUGUUUAUACUUCCCAUUAUCCCAUCAUGGUUUGUAAUCCUAUUACAUGACAGAAAACAGUUCCAAGUGCUGUGUUAUUUCACUUAUUUGGAGAUAGUCUAUAUGUUCAGACACUAUUUGUAUUUUAUCAUUGAAUUAUGAAUGAUAGCAGAGGCACUUGAGAGA